AUGCAUGCUACCGAGACAGAGGCAUCAGAGUUGGAAGCUUAUCAAUUGCAGGAUGUUGCCUAUAUUUGGUAUGAGACGUGGGAGCAGUCUCACGGGGAAGAUGCAUCUCCGGCAACUUGGGACGAGUUUUCAGAUGCUUUCAUUGACCACUUCCAUCCAAUUGAGGUCAGAGAGGCGAAGGCUUACGAAUUUGAGAGACUCAGGAAAAAUGGUAUGAGUGUGAAUGAAUAUUAUCUCAAGUUUGUUUCCUUGGCUAGGUAUGCUCAGUAUAUGCUACCUGAUAUGAGAGCCAUAGUUAGGCGUUUUAUGUUGGGGCUUAUACCAGAUUUGAAUAGUGACUCAUGGGGGAGAUGGGGUAGGAAAUUCUUCAAGAGCAGAUCAUCAGGACCUGCUUCAUCUGCAGCCAGUGCCCCAGCCCCAAAAUUCAGGAAUGAUCAGAAGAGAUGGAAUUCCAGGCCGACUUACUCCUAUUCUGAAGCUAGUGUGGGUCAGAAGACUUAUGACAUUCCGGUUUGCAGCAAGUGUGGUAAGAGACACCCAGGGGUGUAUCGCAUUGGUAUGGAUGUUUUCUAUGGGUGCGGCCAGCAGGGCCAUUUUCAGAGAGAUUUUCCAUCAGCAAGACAAUGUAUCGGAGGCGGAGGUCAAAACCGCUUGUAUGCUUUAGCAGGUUGUCAUGAUACAGAGGCAUGUGCAGAUGUUGUCACAGUAGUGGUGUUGGUGGAUGAGCCUGGAAUUGGAAGCAUAGAAGCAUCCAAGUCCAUUGCUUGCCCCAGUUGCACUCGCAAAAGAUUGAAGGUUUACUGUGUGCUUUGUGGGAUUCUAUUUGUUCUACUUGGUAAUGUGUUUGGCCUUAAGGGCGUUGAUGGCUACAGGUGGAUUAAGUGCCUUGGUUGGCCUGAUCUCUGUCUUCUGAAAGAAAGUGGGACUGAUUAG